UGAAGCUGAGCUAAUAUGAGUGCCCUUCGAGUAUUUGACUCCCCUGGUCUAUUUGACGCCUUCCGGUCUAAUGGCGGCCCGACCUACUACGAGUCCUUCAAGACGCCUUGGAUGGCGGACAUCUUGGAUGCUGGAUUAAUUUAUGCAUUUCUCAGUUUAGCGUUUUCUUUCUUUAUCAUCCUUCCUGGUAUUCGUGGAAAAGAGAGAUUAUAUACAUUUAUCCGGAUAACAUUAACGCUUUACAUUGGAGGAGUCAUAGUGUUAUGUAACUUUAGUACCGAAUGGGAGGUUGCAGAAGCCACCAACGUACGAACAAAAUACAAGGCAGGAUCAUCAGGGGAGAUAACUGCUGAUAUUGGGGUCCACAUUGGUUUUAGGGGCAUCAACGUCACACUCAAAGCGGAAGGAGAAAAUCGGGGAUCUUUCAAUGAGACCAUCAACUUCAACGAAAACUUUGACUGGCGCUGGGAACAAGGGAGAAUUGGUUUUGGAAUAUUUGCGGGCCGAUUUAACCAGGAGUUUCGUGCCCGUCAAUUUCGAGGAACGCCUUUACCAAUCAUCUGGAUUGCUGAGUACUUUAUAUUUGACGGGGAGGGGGUCAGAUGGGGGCGUCAUUACAGACAAGCAGGGUGGUACGCCCAUAUCCUGAUGUGGUUAGCGCUCCCUCUAUGGAUCAUUACAAUCAUCCUGUUCUUUAUCCUGUUGAGUUACGGCGCCUACCUUCUGAUGUUGACUGGGGCCAUUAUGGUGUCAGCUAAUAUCACGUGGGUCACCCAUCGGAACCCCUUUGAGUUAGAGAUUCCUUUCAGUGCUGAGCACAGACUGGAGUUCCACUACGGACCUUGUUUUUACGUUAAUCUAUUCACAGGAAUAUUGUGUAUAAUUUUGGGUGUAGUGAUCCGGGUACUGGAUCUUCGAUAUCCAGAAGCUAUUACAACGUUCUUUGGAGUCGAUCCCUUGCAAGCUGAAACAUUCAUUGAAGGCAAAACAUUCGAGCCAAUCAAGGCUCAGAAACAGAAUGACGACAUGGAACUCAAACGUAUGGAAAAUGGAGAAGCACAAAGUGAUUCCACUAGAGAAUCGUCAGCUGCUUCUAAUGUAGAAGAAGAUGAAGAAGAUGAUGAUGAAAUAUAUGAAGCUCCGGUAUUCCAUGCGAAGCCCCCGAAGGAAUCUCAUUUUGAAAAGCGCAGAUCACGUGGUCUGACUCAACGUCUGCAGAGACCAAGACGACGAGCGCCCCCACCUGUUCCAGACCAACAGCUUGAGAUGAACGAACUCUAUGACAACACAAAGGACGAAAAGUUCAAGUUUGGAAAGAGUUAUCGUACUUAGAUCAUAACGUGCCGAAAAGUACUUUACCAUACAAGAGUGAAAUGACAGGAGUCUUUGAAUUGAAAUUUGCCGUAUAAUGCUGGAUAUAUACAUGUAUAAAGAAAAGUCAUACAAAAGGUUUUAAAUGUAUACCUCUAUGUUAUUAUUUUAAAAUAUUUUUUUAAAGAGGUCGCAUUCAUAGUCUAUUUUCUUUUCUGUUUUUUUUUUUUUUUUUUUUAAUUUUUACCUUAUAAUGAAGUGCUAUGUGAGAAAAUUUCAUUGCGAUAACAAGCGAAAAAAAAAUAUCACAUAUUUGAAGGUGGAUAGAUAACAAAAUGAUGAUAUAAUCUUUACCAGGAUUAAAAAAAAACCAUAAUUCAAUAAACAUUAUAAUUUCAUCAAUGUUUAAUUAUACAUCAUAUUCGAUCUGUAUAUUCAUAUAAAUGUAUGUACCUUUUACAAUGCACAAGCUGUUACUUCAUAUAGUUAUGCUUUGUUGACAAUGUACAUUAUUUAUAAGCAAAACGUAAUAUUCUGCCUGUAACAGUUCACUGUAAUUUAGCAAGGAGGAAGAAAUUAAAGUUUUUAAAACAAUUGAAUUUCCGAAUUUUUCAUUUUCCUUAUAUAGAAUAUUGUGUAAAAUUGCAAACAUUUUGGAAAGAGUAUGCUAAUUAUAAUUUCCUAUUUUAUUGGGAACGCCGACAACUCUUAGCGCCUUUCGAACUGUCAUUCAUGUUGGAUUUUGUGCAACUUUCUGGUGUUCAAAUAUUUGCAAUGGUGUCCAAAAUCUUUUUUGAUGAAAAAUUCUUACCGAAAAAUUCGGAAAUGUUUUUUGUCCUAAGCAUGCAUAUAAUAAAGCAAUGUAUUAUAUA